UAGUAGAUGAUUUAUAUAGCAUGAGAAGGGGUCAAAAUCACGUGGGAUAUAGAUCAAAUGUAUUGUACUAUGUCGGGCUUUGUGUCACCAUUUAUAUUUACGUACCAUAUUGUCAUAACAGCAGCUAGCAACUCUAAUUUAGAAUGUGCUUGAAAUCCUUGAAUUGAAGAAUGUUACUUGGUCGGUCUAAAACCAUAAAUUUAUAUGUAGGAAGAAAACAUGUCUCUAUGCAGUUGCCUAAAUCUCUCUCUGGCUUGACCAAUCUCUUAUUCAACAGAAGAAAUCUCGAUCAAGUGUCAACAAGAGAACGUAAACCUUUGAGGCCUGGUAAGGUGUCUCCUCCUAGACCUGUUCCAUCCCAUAUGAAGAGACCACCUUAUGUAAAAACUGGGAGUCCUCCGGGAAUAGCAAGUGGACCUGAGGUGCAUGAUGAGAGGGGGAUAGAAUGUAUGAGAGCCUCUGGGAGAUUGGCAGCUCAAGUUCUUGAAUACGCAGGCACCUUAGUCAAGCCAGGCGUGAAAACUGAUGAAAUCGAUGAAGCAGUUCAUCAAAUGAUUAUUGACAAUGGAGGGUAUCCUUCACCUCUUGGCUAUGGUGGAUUUCCUAAAAGUGUCUGCACAUCAGUUAAUGAAUGUAUUUGCCAUGGUAUACCAGAUUCAAGGCCACUUGAGGAUGGUGAUAUAAUAAAUAUUGAUGUCACGGCCUACCUGAAUGGUUAUCAUGGUGAUACCUCUGCUAGUUUCUUUUGUGGGGAGGUUGAUGAUGAAGCAAAAAAAUUGGUUCAGGUAACCAAAGAAUGCUUGGACCAUGAAAACUUGUACUGGUCAAGGUGGAAUGACCCAAUGGCUUAUCCGGUUUUCCUAAAUUAUAAUCCAAUUAUGUGGGACGAUAACUGGACAGUGGUCACUGAAGAUGGAAGCCUCUCAGCACAGUUUGAGCACACAAUUUUAAUUACAAAAGACGGAGCUGAGAUUUUGACCCAGUGUUGAUCUAGCCAAAUCGGUAAUGCUGUAUCUGAUGGCAUCUUCCUCCUCGCUCAUUGGCUACGAUCCUGCAGCAAAAUGAGAAGAGCAACAGGACAAGACGGGAAAGAAUUUCCUUGACAAGAAAAAAAGAGAUAACCUAUUGAUCUACUACCCUUCUCAUUGCUUCUUGCCCUUGGAUAGUCCUUUUUUUUUUUUUCCUAUUAAAUAUUGAAUUCAUUAUAUUAGUACUGCUUCUGAAAAAUUUAUAGAGCUGUUUUAUUUUUUUGGUAGAAAAUUUCAAGGAGCUUAUUACUUUACCCCCAAAAUUGUGACCGAUUUUUGUUGGUAAUUGAUUCUAUAGUCAACAUUCCUGUAUAGAUUAGGGAUUAGUAGCAUAGUUUCUCUUCAAUCUCUACCUUAUGUUACUGCAGUGU